GUGCAUCUCACAGCGAUGUUUAAGCGAUGCUCCACAAAGGCAGGAAUGUGCUCGAUUAAUUGUGCCCAAUUAUCGCGGUUGCUCCACAACCGCCCUCUACCGGCGAAAGGGGAAGGGAAACCUUCCGGGGCAAGCUAACGACCGUUUUGAUGCAACCGAUGUCCAUCCAUCCAUCCGGUUCGGCUGCCAGUUGGGAUUGCCAAACCGUAACGGAGGAGAACCCCAUUUUCCCCCUUGCGAAUCGGUUGACAGUUUUCGCAAGUUCGAACAAGUCCGGUUGACACCUGCACCAAGCCCAGGCCAACCUCAACCUCUCCUGCACCAUAAUAGAUCGCAUUCCGGUGCCUUACAUUGUUAUGCGCACUCCCUCCCUUCAAUAAAAAGCGCUCCCCGCCACACAUUACAAACACCUUCCAAGUGCCAGGCACAAUUAGUUUGGCCACAUUACAUCGUAGGUCAUCCCUUCCUGUUGGGGGUGGGGCAGCGUGGGUGGCUCACUAUAAGAUUUCGGACAAUCGGAUGGGUAGCGAUCAAUGUGCGAUUGAACGUUUCGAUUAAAAGGUGUGCUGCCGCGAGGGAAAGCCUGUGAGCCGUGUCUCAUUCGCCGAGGACUUCCAAGUUAUUAAGUGUUCCCGCGGUAUAGAGUGACUCUACUGGGAUAAAGCAGGAAACAUAAGGGGAAACUCCUUCCGAAGAACGAACAAGCGUAAACUGUGCCCUCCCUGUGGGAUCGAAACGAAUUACUUCAAUUAGUGCGAAACGGUGAAGAGCAACACUAGUUUUGCGUGAUAACGGUGGAAAAGUGGUUGAAAUUCGGUUGCGAGUGAGAACGAGUGCACAGCGUGAUUGGAGCGAAAAUGAAGCUUUUGGUACUGUUCGUCCUUCCUUUAGCGUUGGUGUACGCGGGAACGGAAAAAGGCUCCAGGGCGGUGGGAAGUUCAAACACGAAGCAGCUAACACCGACGGACGAACAGUUCCAGCAGCUGGGCACCAAGAAGGAAAAGCGAGGCAUCUUUGGUUACGGUGGCUAUGCGCCGGCCGCCCCCGUGUACGGUCACGCCUUUGCCCAUCACGUCCAUCAGCAUCUGCUGCCCGCCGCGGAUCCCUUUGCACCGGCAGUAGCACUGGCUGCCCCUGCUGCUGUGCCUGCCCUUGCCGGUCCGUACCUUGGAUCCCAUGCGCACACGCACACCGUCGUAACGAAGAAGGUCGGCAUUCCCAUACCGGCCCCGUACGCUGUGCCGGUCGAGAAGCCGUAUCCAGUGCCAGUGAAGGUUCACGUGCCGGUGCCGAUCGAUCGUCCGUACCCAGUGGCCAUCCCGAGACCGUAUGCUGUGCCGGUGGAAAAACCCUACCCGGUGCCAGUCGAUCGUCCGUACCCGGUAGCCGUGCCACAUCCCGUUCCCGUGCCGGUAAUUAAGCACGUGGGCUACCCUGUCCCGGCACCGGUCCCGGUUGCCAUUCCUAAGCCGGUGCCCGUGCCCGUCCAUACGCCGUACGUGGUGGAAAAGCCCGUCGUUGCUGCCGUUGCCCCGGACCCAUGGGCUACCGCGAAGCUGUGGUAAAUGCGUAGAACUGUUUGCAUUAAGCUAAGGUAGACAAUUACUUUUAACUACUCAACCAAAUAUAAAUCUAUUAAGAUUGUCCUGAAACGAUCGCGGCACGAUAUGCGUGCAGUAGGUACUAGGUAGGAUAAUUGAUACGAAUAAAUUAUUUAUCUACGAUUUAAAUUUUAAACAUUGAA